CGUAGUUAAAGGAAUUUAGCUCAAUUAAAAAAGUCAAAUCUACGUGCAUCACAAUCCGCCGGAAACUCUGACCUCGUUCUCUCGCUCUCCUCCCCUAAUCCAAACACACACGCUCUCUCUCUCUCUCUCUCUCUCUAUUUAUCCCUUUCUCUCUCUACAAUCCUAGGGUUUCGGACUCGAUCAAAGCUCAGCCAUGGCGAUGCAAGCCGGCAUGGGAUUAUCUCGGAUCCUCAUCCUUCUCGGUGCAGGAUAUACCGGCACAAUCCUGGUUAAAAACGGUAAAUUCUCGGAUUUGCUUGGCGAACUUCAGUCGUUGGUGAAGGGAUUAGAGAAGUCUGGGGAGCAAUCGGAUGCUGAUUAUUCCGAUGCCAUUGCCGCGCAGGUGCGGCGAUUGGCAACUGAGGUUCGACAACUAGCCUCAGCAAGGCAGAUUACUGUUCUGAAUGGAAAUAAUGGCGGCCAAAGUAACUUGACAUCACUUUUAGUUCCAGCUGCUACCGUGGGGGCGUUGGGUUAUGGCUACAUGUGGUGGAAGGGUCUUUCUUUCUCGGAUCUUAUGUAUGUGACAAAGCGUAAUAUGGCUACUGCUGUAACGAACUUGACAAAGCAUCUGGAGAGUGUGUCAGAGGCUCUUGCUGCAACAAAGAGGCAUUUGACACAGCGAAUUGCGAACUUGGAUGAUAAAAUGGAAAAGCAGAAUGAGAUGUCAAAGUUAAUUAAGAGUGAUGUUGCUGAAGUUCAAAAAUCUCUUUCUGACAUUGGCUAUGACUUGAAUGACUUGCAGAGAUUGGUGGAAGGUUUGGAUGGGAAGAUAUGUACAUUGGAAGAUAAGCAGGAUAUUGCAAAUCUUGGUGUUCUGUACCUCUGCAACUUUGUUGAUGGCAAAAAGGGGAUAAUGCCUGAAGUUCUGAAGGAGCAACUUAAAAUUACUGGAAAAUCUCGUACUUUACUCACAUACCAGGAACCUCCAAGUUUGAAGGGUCUUAAGGAGAUUGCAGACUCCUUGUCUGGAAGCAUUGAUGGGCCAGCACCAGAUGCUAUUGUGCAAGAGGGUGGUCUUAGAUUGGAAGACCAGUCAAGAACCCUGAUGAGGGCUCUUUCUACCAAGUGUUGAUUUCAACAUGCUAGACCAUCAUAUGGUUCUUCAUCCAGUACUUAUUUGACACACAAUUUGGUUUUCGAAAUUCUUGUGUCAAGUUAUAUAUGCACAUAUGUUUUUUUUUUCUUUAAUAUUUCUCAUAUUUUCCAGUACAUCAAGGAUAAAUUUAUAUGAAGUCUAAGUAGUGUUGUGAAGUUUGUUUCUAUAUAUCUCAGACGCUAUUAAAAGGCUGACUUGGGUCAGCUGAAUCUAUUAUCUAAAUGAGAUUUGACCCUUC